AUGACGUCCUACCUCACCAAGUUUGUUCUCGGCAGGAUAUUCCAGGAAUCAUCCUCCAACAAAGAGGGUCGCGAAGACCCAUACUACGAAUAUCCUGCCUCAGAACUCAACAAAGCCGGCAAACGAAAGUCAAAACGUACGAAGAAGGCACUCCCCCCAGGUCUCACAGAUGAGGAGGGAGAGAUUCUUACAAAAGUCAAACGACGAGCCUACCGUCUCGACAUGUCCUUUGGUUCUUUCCUUGGCGUUAGAUUCGGAUGGGGCAGUGUUAUUGGUAUUGUCCCAGGAAUCGGUGACGCUCUAGAUGCAUUGUUGUCAUUGAUGGUGGUUAAGACAUGCAUGAGAGUUGGUUUACCCUUCGGAAUUCUCCUUCACAUGCUGUUCAACGUUGCUUUGGACUUUGUUAUUGGUUUGGUCCCAUUUGUUGGUGAUCUUAUCGACGCUGGUUACAAAUGCAGUACUAGGAAUGCCGUGCUGCUCGAAAAACACCUCCGGAAAGUCGGGCAGGAGCGGUUGAAGGCGCAGGGAAUCACCGAUGCUCCUGAUGAUUCACUACCAACCGGCGAGGACUCGGGAGAGGAUAUUGAUCUUGAAGCCCAGGCAUCUUCUUCUCGACAUGGUGGAAAUAAUGAUCGUCGGGAUAGGGAUCGUGAGCGUGAAAGGGAUAGGAGUCGCGACCACCGAGACCGAAGCCGUCACGAAGAAUCUAGAUCUGAUGGACGUGGUCCUCGUCGUUCUGAUCGCCGAGAUGACCACAGGGAUGACCAUAGAGACAACCGUCGAGAUGACCGUAGAGAUGGCCGAAGAGACGACCAUCAUGCAAGAGAUGAUCGCGAUAGACGGGAGCCGACACACUCUAGAAGCAAGAGAAAGGAUAAUGGUAGAAGAGAUGACCGCGACUCUAGACGGUGA